GGUCGCGCUGUUGUUAGGGCCGCGGCAGAGCGUGGUGGCGGUCGCCUCAGCAUUCCCGGCCCGGCGCAUCCGCCUUCCCCGGGCCGGGGCGAUGGUGAAGCUCUCCGCCAAGUGCCUGCUGGCAGGAGAGAAUGUAAUAGAUGUAAGAGGCGAGAAACCACAACAACCUGGAGAGAACAAGAGAAUACAAUUACAUUGGUAGAAGCAAAAACAUCUGAGAUAGAUCGAGAAAUUCUUGUGUACCUAAGGAAAUGAUUACGAAGAAUAGAACGGCUGACAGUACUGGGAGCUGCACCGUGGUCAAGGAGAACAGCAGAGGGGAAAGGACUUUUGUUAGCAGAACAGAUGCUAUUAACUUGACAAUAGAAAGCGAUCCCCGUGUUAUCUCAAGGUAGGUCUUUCGGAGACACGCAAUGGUUUCUGGCAGAAUAACAGAAACAUGGAUGGAAUAAAUUCUGUGGGAUGCAGUAUUUGCAGACGAGACCAAACUAAAUGGAAAGUGCAAGGAAACUUAUUUUGAGGGAGGAGUGUAAUGAUAUAAUGGGCGAAGAGAAUGGCAAAGAAGAAGAGGGGGGAAAAAAAAGCUGAGGCUGCCAAAUAAAAGAAAAGGAACACGUUAGGUGAUCCAGCUGUGGGAAAGAGUGCCUUAGCCCAGAUGUUCCGCAAUGAUGGGGCUCAUUUUCAGAAGAAUUAUACGUUGACAACGGGCAUUGAACUGUUGGUGAAGGCUAUAUCAGUUCCAGAGACAAGUGAUAGUGUGUGUUCCUGGCAAGAGCCUUCUUUCUGCUUCUGCUUUCAGGAAUUCUUCAUUUUUGACUCUGCAGGCAAAGAUCUAUUUUCCGAGAUGCUGGAGAAACUGUGGGAGCAACCAAAUGUCCUGUGCCUUGUGUAUGAUGUCACUAAUGAGCAAUCUUUCAACAACUGUGCCAAGUGGCUAGAAAAGCUGAGGGCACAAGCAGUUGGAAUGCACGUCCCAGGUGUCUUAGUGGGGAAUAAAACAGAUCUGGUUGGUCGUCGAGUUGUGGAACAGAAACAAGCGCAGGAAUGGGCUGACAAACACGGCCUGGAAUACUGUGAGAUGUCAGUAAAGGAGAUGAAAAAUUUUGAGGCCCCUUUCAACAUCCUGGCAAAGUCAUUUUACCAGCUGUACAAAGAAAAAGUGGAAAUCUUUCAUUCACUGGCUUGAGGGCCAUGACUGGGAUGACUUAUCUUCAGAGCUUCUUCUAGUGCCCAGAAUCCUAUGGACUGGAAUACAGAGAGAGGAAAAAAGAUGAGCUUUUUGCUUCUUCGCGGUCAUCUUCUGGUAAUUCAAAAUAAACUAGAAAUAAGUGAGUGGACAGACAUUGUUUUGGAACUGCUACCUUAGCAUCACCUUCAUGUCUGUUACCUCGGUUCUUUGCUAACUGAAAGUCUGUUAGGUUGGAGAAGGCAGGGAAUAGAAGGGGGAAGGCAGAAUGGAAAUUGCCAGCUUUUUGCCUUGUUAAUAGUGCCUUGUCUCAUGUCUGAACAAACUUUCUGCUGCUACAAGCAAGGAUGUAGAGAUUUGAAGGAGGAGAUGGGAAGCUGGCAGGAUACUUUUUUGCUUAAGCAACCCAGCACUGGUACAUACAUCGCAGGGCAGGACUGAUUCAGCCCUACUACUUGCUAAGCAUUUUCAGUUGAAAGUCUGUGGCCUAAAAUGGACGCGUAGCGUCUCAGAUGUGUGGGGAUUGAAUUGGAUUUAGGUGUGUUUGUGGGAGCACCCACAAUUUGAGACCUAUUUUAACAGUGUUAUUCUUAUCAGUUCUAGGAUUGAUAUAGUGAUGACUAACAUCUCUUUUUAAUGACUAGAAUUUGGUUUUCUUCAACGAGGCUCUUCCACUGCUGGUCUGUCUUGCAUCUAUACCACUGUCAAUUGGUAACGCAGUGCCCUCUGCUGGCCCUCGGUCACAAAAUUUCUGGAGCAGCUUGCUCUGUUGAAGCAAGGACUUCACACAGUCUUAGCCAAAUUGGCUUAUCUGUAAAAUGGAGUCAUAUGGUGAGAAUACCUCUUUUAUUCCAGGGGCAAGUCUAAAACGGAAAUUGCCAUUUCUUCUUCAUGCGCUUGUUAUUUUAUUUGGUUUUAUUUCAUUUUGUAUCUUGUCAGCUGAACUUAGCAACAUCAUGUUCUCAUUAGGCUUAGUUCUCAAUCCCUUACUAGAAUCAAUCAUCUUUGUUGUUAAACUUUCCCUGCUUAUCCUUGCAUUUCAAAGAACAAGCUAUUCUGAUUUCAGAAGUGGAAACAGGACUCAGGAAAUAAAAGACAAACUGGCUAAGUGAAUUUGAUUCAGCCAUGUAUAGCUGGAAGUUUUGUAUCAAAGGGUAAAGGCAUGGACAGAACACUCUGUGUGAGAUGUUGACAUUGCAUAUAUAAGAAUUGCUAAUAUUUGCUAAUGCAGUAUGUGAAAACAUCCAGUUAAGUACUGCCUUGCAGUUCUAAACUGUAACAUUUCCCCUCUUCCAGAACUAUUUUAGCCUCCCCUGGGUAAGGAAGGCUAAUUUCUGAGGAGAAUAAACAGUAAGUAGUUUUUCAGGCAAGCUUUUCAGGAAUCUGUGUUUCAAUAUUUUUAUACGUAUAUUUUAUAACCACUUUUAUGCCCAGUGCUAGGAAUAUGACUGCAGAUGUUGUAGCAGAGUUUAUGAAGCACUUCAAGAAUCUGGAAUAGCAGCUGGGCUCAUUUUACUGGCAACACUAUGUUGAUGCUGGGAAUUAGCUAGGGAGCAUGAAUACAGUCUAGAGGUUAAGCAGGCACUGAGCCUGCUGGAAAAGAAAAUGAAUAGGUUGUUGUUUUGUUUUGUUUUGUUUUUACAAAUCCACUUGGAAAAAGGUGACAGAACUAGCUGGGGAAAGCUCUUAUUUCAAGAAAAGGAGGACUCCUCUGUGGGCUUAGGGUCACUAGACACAACUCACCUUCUUUAGGCUUGGGUUGGCUUUAACUUACAUGUGUUGCCUUGUUAAUCCUGAGGGUGUGUGUUGAUUUACAAUAGACUGAAUGGAAGUUUGCCUGCACAUGCUUGUACCUCUUACUAUUAGGAAUAACAGUUAUUUUGGAUGUUGAGCUGAUCUAAAGGAGGUAGUUCAUUUUCCCCUGCUUCUACUGAUGAUAUGAUUGCAACACAAGACUUUUUUUUUUCAUCUUGAAAAUAGAAUACCAGGUGUGUCUGCCACCUGUGAUGUGAUAGAUGGGGGCAGGGAGGUGAAUGCCUUAGGAAUGGGUGAUGAAAUGAGUCCUGAACGAUCACCUUUAACGGGUGAGUUUAAUCUCUCUGCACCAGAAAGACCUCCCAUAACUUCAAAUAAACAGCUUAAAUGCACCAGUAAGAUUGGUGAACAUUGUUUUAUUAAAUGAACACAAAAGCUGGAGGAUCUCAUUAAGGGAGUGCUGGUGGUGAUUUGUGAUUUAUUGGGAAGCUGCUUUUGAUAGGUUAGUGAAGAAAAAUGCAUCCUAUGCAGGGGAAGAUAUAUUGCCCAAGUGAGAAAAUGUAUGAUCUAAUUAGCUAGCAGUAGGGAUUCAUCUGGUGCCCCUUUCCUUCUUUCUGCAGGCCAAGACUUGAAUUAGAGAAGAGGUUGUGUCAGAAGCACAUAGCCCACCUUGCUCUUCAUUUCAAGCACUAAAGUAGUCAUAAUUUAACAUCCUUCAAAAUACUGUGUUUGUUCAUUACCAUCUCCAUCGUCUGAAUGGAUUUUGAAAGCAUAAUAUAUUGUCUUUUUUAGCUACUAGGCUGUGUAACAGUAGCGUGAUGUGGGUGAUACUAUUUUCCUAGUUCAUUUGUGACCGUAGUUAUAGAGACCAAUAGUGAAGGGUGAGUGGAGACCAUGGGAGUCAGAUACAAACAGGCUGUGGAAAAAAUUUGUUUAUGAAGUGAGGAUGUUUGUUUGUUGCUUAUAGCCUUUGUAUCUCCCUGAAUUACAGGUGCUGCGGGAGACAGUGGGAGAAAGGCAGAAAUCAUGUCUGCUGGCCAUUGUUGUCUUCUUAUAGCUCUCCUACUUUGUCUAGGUAUGCAGUGCUGUAGGUGUUACAAGGAUAGAUAAUGCCAGGACAAAAAGAAAUGGUUUUAAGUUCAAGGAGGAAAGAAUUAAGGUGGAUGUCAUGGGUAAGUUGUUUACCAAGAGAGUGGUGAGAUGCUGGCAGAGGCUGCCCAGAGAGGUAGACGCUUUGUACCUGGAGGUGUUCAUGACCAGGUUGGAUGGGGCCUUGGGCAUCCUGAUCUAUUAUUAGAUAUGGAGGUUGGUAGCCCUGCAUGCAGCAAGGGGGCUGGAGCUUGAUGAUCCUUGAGGUUCCUUCCAACCCAGACCAUUCCAUGAUUCUGUGUGUUCAGCAUGCGUGCUUAGAACCCAGAAGAACCCUAAUUCAGCCAGAACUGAAAUUUCAAAAGACAGGAGAAGAAGCAAGCAGGCCUUUAACCAUCUUUGUGAAGUACAGUGAAGAUUAAUCUUUAUUGUGGGAUUUAAUAAGCAUUUCAAAGUUGAUUAUACUGUGAUAAGAUCUGUUCAUUCUUAACAAUGGAGUGGUCACUGCUGUUCAUAAUAAAGCACCACAAAUACUGAAAUGGGGCUGUCAGAACAAUUUCUUCCAGGGAUCUGUUCAUUUUACAGACUUAAAACUUAAGAAAGGACAUCUUUUAGAAAACUGAUCUGAUAAAGGACGCUAUUUGGGUCCAGAGUUAUUUCUGAUGUAACUUCAGUGACUUAAAGGGCUGGAUUUAGUCUCUUAUGCCAUUUGACUCCCUUGGGUAAGCUUCAUUUCUUUACCUUCUAUACAUCUUGGACCGAUCUGACCUGAUAGCAAAAGACACAUGAUGUUGUUGAAAAUGAAAUACUGCCUUGGGGCAGAAGGAUAAACUGUGGCCUCCUGAGGUCUUCCCAGCAAUACUUUCUAUAAUUCUAUUAGAUUAAGUGGGGAAAGAAGUAGUGUGGAAAGCAUAAAACAGGCUAAGUCAUAAACUAGCAAUUAAAGUGGGAGCUGGGCCGGGCUACAGCAGAAAAGGUACAAUCUAUCCCAAUUAAGAGCUGUAUCUCAAGAGAAACCAGGAGCCUGACGCAGGUGCUGACAGCAGGGAAAACACUGCAUUUCUGUUCCGUAGGCAGCAAAUCCUUUCUACUGGUGCUUACACAGAUCCAUGGGGGUCCAUACCCUGCUCAGGACUGUGCUUUGCUUUUAAUAAUUACUGUAUCUACGAUAUUCAGCUGACAGCUGCUUGCAAUUGUUUUCUCAUCUGCCUGUAUAAAGCCAGUGGUGUGAUGACAGAUCUCUAUUAGUAGAAGGAAGAUGUGUCUGUUCUUGACAUCAUCCAUUAUGGGAUCCUUCUCUCUCUCUGUGUUCACAGACUUUCUUUCUCCAUUUCAACUCCUCUUCUUCAUGGAGAAUAGCCACCACUGCUUGUUUUCAGCAAGUAAUUUUUCAGUCUUGUAGAUGAUGCUCUGUGUUCCCGGGGCUAAGAGGCUUCUAGGUCCUUCUGCGGCAGAGGUGGAUUGCAAGCAGGAAAUAUUCAAGGGCCAUGUUGGCCCCCUCAGCGUUUCUCUUAGCCUAAGGGCACAUCAUCUCUCUGCUUCUCGCAUCCUAUUUUCUCCUCCUGCUGUCAUCUUGCCUUGAGAACAAUGUUUUCUGUGCCGGUUGCCCUUGGCUCUGUUGACCCGGAACAACAAGGCUUGGGGGAGGGAGAAAGAAGAGAGCAUCUCAAUCUCGAGUCCUUUCAGGUGUUGUGAACUCUUAGGUGCUAUGAUUCCUUGUCAAAAUCACCUCAGAAGUGGGGAUGUUGCUCAGUCUAAAGUGUAAUUUUCUGGCAGAAGACCCCCAGCUGAGUCCCAGCAGCCUCAUCUUGGUUCUUCAGAGUUUGCUGCAGUAUAUCUUUCAUAGACACUGGCUGUUCUUAUUCUGACUUGGAGUUGGGUUUGUUUGUUUGUUUGUUUAUUGUUUUGUUUUGGUUUUACUCCUUGGGGGUCCUUCUCUUAUUCUUCUGUCACAGCUUCACAUAUUUCUUCCCCUAGAGCUGUUUGUCAAGAAAAGUCUGGAAUUGCUCUCUUUCCUGGUCUCUGAGAUCAAAUCCAAAUUUGGCAAUGUUUAAAAGGGAAAUGUGACAGACCCUACAUGUCAGGCUGGGGUCAGGGAUGGGGUCAGUUUGAUGAGUUUCCCUCCAGCCAGAUAUGCAUCAGUUGGAGAAAUGUGGAGACUGUUAUCUUUCUGCACAAGUACUGGAAAAAUAUGCAAUGUGAAGACUUUUAGUCAGGGAGUGUGAGCAGAGUAGGUAUAUAGGCAGAACUCCUAUAUUGCCGUGCCUCAAACAGUGGGAAUGAAGGAGCAGUAGGGGAAUAGGAAUGUGCAGGAAUGAGUGGGGUCUGUCUGCCUUCAUGAAGAGCCCAAGAGAUUUGCAAAGGGAGAGUGGGAAAUGCGGAUGGAAAGACCUGAGGCUUUUCCUGGCUUGUAGAGUUAUGUAUGGAAAUUAAGUGAGGGGAAACGUAAUUUAUGCUUGAGCUGUUGAGGGAAAACGAGGAUACAAGAUAGUGCUGGGUGACACUGCAGGUUGGAGAACAGGUGGUAAGAAUAAAUAAGUGAAUAGAAAUUCGCAGGACCAAGAUCUCCUGGUCAAGCUUGGUUUGGAGAGUUUAGAGCCAUGAUGAGUAAGGUCAAUGGCAACCAUGAGUUCAGGUUCAAGAUAAAGAGUUUGCAAUAGACAAAGGCAGGUUGAAUUAAAGUCUAUGUGACAGAGUUGAUGCUGGAGUUUGAUGCCGCAGUAGUGAGAACCCAUAUAAGUAAGCCUAGGAGUAUUGUGGGGAAAUAAACGCAGCAAGCUGUGAUGCUCUGAGGAGUGUAUUCAGGGGAGACUGGGAAAAAUAAAACAGCUGUAGACACUAUUGGACUGAACAGGUGGAAGAAUGCAAAGAGAGACUGGAAAUUCAGAUUGUGUGAGUGCAACUCCUCGAUAGGAUUUCUGAGUGGAAGGAAAUAAACACCUACAAUUAUUGCCUACAAAUUUUGGUACUAUUUAAAAAGGGAAAAAAAUAAAAGUUAGGUUCUUUUACCAGCAGCUAUGGUGAUACACUUGCUUAAACUCUUUUUUCUGGAGGGAGUGGAUGGAGAGACUAACACAUAAGCUUACACAUAAUUGUGCUGCACCAUAUAUUAUAUCCGUCCAUUCAGAGAAUGGAAAGAGAACCUUCAUCUCAUUUGACCAAGCAAAAGUGACAACUACAACUUCAGGAUUGACAUUUCACUACAAAAACUGUUCAUGACCAGCUAAUCAGUGGAAGACCUCCUGAAAAUAUCAAUAUUAACCUCAAAAAAUACAAAAUGCAAUGUGUAUGUGGUCAAUGUAAAGCAGAUAGAAAUCACCCUGUUUGUGAAUUUGCUACUAACUAUAAUAAAAAUGCCUCUAGCUGUGAA